AAAUGUCAAAUUUUGACAUUUUGUCGUCAGUCAUCUCGCCCGAGAGGUAAAUGGCGUCUAUUCUUUGAGGAGUAGAAAGAGUUUCGUUUUUUUGGUAAGGAAAAAUUUUGAUUUGUUGGAAAGUGUGUGAAAAGGGGUGAUUGGAUAAUUAGUCAUUUGGAAUUGCACCUGCUGCCGGCAUCGUCAGGCCCAAGACCAUCUCAGAGGCCCGAAAAAGAAGGUUGCCCUUUUGCGAAGAUUUCUUUUUAGAGGCGAAGCCAGCAGGGCAUGUGGGACGAGUGAGGGAAAAAAGUGCGUGAGAAAAGAAUUUCUUUUUCUUCUUCUUCGCCUUCUUUUUCUCUUCUUUUUGCUGCAAAAAGACACACCAAAAAGGCGAGGCAUCCCAGUGAAUUUGUGCAAGGUUUUAUUUUGCCGUUUGCGCUUUUUUUUGUGUUUUAACAACAACAAAGUGUACGAAGUGAUUUUUCUUUUAUAAUUUUUUUGAAGAAUUCUGUGAUAGAACAAUUUAGUUAGGAAUUACUCUUGUGACAAAAGACAGAGACAGAGAGAGAUAGAGGGAGAGUGAACAGUUAGGAUGUCGGGAGAUACCGCUAUGCUGAUCCCUCUGGACGAGGAAGAUGCUCCGAUUGAUUUUGAUAAUGAUCUUGGUGGCUUCGAGAAUCGAGCCUUCAAUGGGCCACCGAGAAUCAAGUAUUCUCUGGACGAAUUGAUGGCAAUCGGUGAAUCACCAUUGUCCCAUCGCCGUCCCGAAUGCUACGAUGAUACCCCACCGUCCGGUGGUGCCGUACGCAUUCCCUGGAAGCGUCCAGCUGAACCCCAACGUCCCGAUGAUGAUAAACUCUCGCGCCUCGAUAAGCGUCGUGAACGUGUGCGAAAGUUCCAGGAGAUUGUCCUUUCGCCUCAGCGUCGUUCCUUCAACAUGGGCUGCCAUAUGCCACCACCACCACCAACUGGGCAGUCAGCAGUGCCACUCGUGCCGCCCGUUGUGCGUGAUCGACGCAUUGGGAGCGGCAGGAUCCUAGCACGGGAUGUCAGCUGGGACUAUAAGCCUCUCGAGAAUCCGGAUGAUACCUUUCCGUAUCGCAAUGGAGCACCAACUGGCUUCAUUCCCGGUGUCAAGGAUUCCCGUGAGGGACGCGAUGGACGUGGAGAAAGAGAUGGCCUAUGCACCGAUUGGGUCAAUGAACGUCGCCCCUUCGGCCGGGGGACGUUUGAGGGGAACAGAGGUCGCGGUGGGACCAUCAGAAGGGGCUUCCGGGACUAUGAAGCAGAGCCAGAAUGGUUCAGUUCGGGUCCAACAUCGCAAUUUGAUACAAUUGAACUGCGUGGCUUUGAGGAAACGGCCCCAACACCAGAAUCUCCGUCGGAAUCAAAAGUCAGUCAGAGUUCGACACAGCCACCGACACAGUCACAGCCUCAGUCACAGUCUCAGUCACAGUCGCAGUCGCAGUCGCAGCCGCAACAGUCAAAGACAGAGGAACCGGCCGAAGAACCACGACCAGCUACACCGGACACAAAUAACAAUGCGCAGGAGAAGGAGGUUGGCACAAGUCGAGAAUUCAAUUUGGAUGACUACUUCAGUGCUGACUUCUUCAAUGAGCAAUCUCAGCCGGCAGAUGGUGCUGCAUCGAGGUUCAGUCAGUGGUUCACACGACGGAGCCCAGAAAUGUCACAGGUGAAGGAUGAUCUCGACAGUCGACGUUCAUCGAUUAUCGAUGAACUCGAAAAUAUUCUCAAUGAUUCCCUGAGUCCUGAUCCCUCUGAUGGGAAUUCCAAUAAGUAUUUUGCACCAAUUUCACCAGCAAAUGGAGGUGGUGGUGCCAUUGGUGGUGAAGUUAGUAAGAGUGUGAUGGAUUUUCUGCAUACGGCAAAUGUCCCAACACCCGGACAAGCUGGAAUACCAUCGACUGUUGCCCCAAAGCAUACGCCCCACCAGAAAAUACUCAAUGUCAAAGAAAUUGAGGCAUCGAUGCGAGAAUGUGGCCUUGAGCCACUUUCCGUACGAUCGGGGCGCGGUGUUAGAUUUGGCGCAGGUGGAUCUCAAAUGGCACCAGUCAAAGGUGGCAGCACCAUCGGCGACAAAAAGGUGGAAAUGGAGGCAUUCCGGAAAUUUGUGGCAAAUAUGCCGAAUGAGCAAUUGGUCGGUGGUCAGCAGCAGCAGCAGCAGCAGCAGCAACAGGCGACAGUUAAGGGCGUAGCAAUAGAGGAUAAGAGUAGUAAGGGUAAAGGCGUAGGAGGAGGAGGAGGAGGAGGUGUCUUUGUGAUGGGGAACAGAGUGGGGGGUGCAGCAGGAGCAGGAGUACCAAGAGCAUCAGCUUCGACGUACCUGGAUCUCGUGCAGAAAGUCAUUUAUUAUGGUUCAACACAGACAAAUCGGCAGGAAUUGCUCAAUACGCCGGAAGCUAGGCAAUUUCUCAGAGGUUUGCUGCGUGGUGAAUUGUCAAUUCCGAAUCUUCUUGGGCAUUUGCGUGUGGCGCCACCUGGACGUGAACAGGAAAUAAUUGUUGCUGUCCUUUGGCAUUUUGACAAGACGUCACGUGCCGAAGUGGCUGCACAGCUCCUUCAGCCUCUAACACAGCAAAAUCGACCACCGCCGCCCCUAAUUCAACCACCUGCCCAUUCACCUAGUCUCGACCUACCCCCACCACCCCACAUGAUCUAUCCACCUGCUGCAGCAGCCUCAGGAGGAGCAGGAGCAGCAGGAGCAGGAGCAGGAGCAGGUGCACCUAGUGGAGGACAGCAGAAGCUCUCUGUAUCACCACUGCCAAAUGCAAUGCCCCAGCGCAUUCCGUCACCGAGAGAACUGCAAUUCCAUACGCAGAGUAUCAUGCAGAAUGCCUUGAUACGGAAGAAGUUGGAGGAGCAACUGGAGAACUAUCGAAAACGCCAAGAGAUUGCCCAACAAAAUGGCGGAGGAGGUGGUGGGGGUGGGGGAGGUGGAGGAGGUGGUACAGGAAGUAGUAUUCCUUCGGCUGUUGAUGGUCAAUUGUCACCUGCCAGACGGAUUAAGCCUCAGCAUCAGGCGGCCCCAUCACCGACGCCCCUCGCCUUCACUCCCACCUCGGUUCUGCGGAAGAUGACUGCUGACAAGGAUAUGGAACCUUUACCUAAAGAUCCAAACCGUAUGAGUGGUCAGAUGGCAGCAGGUGCUGCAUCAGUUCCAAAGGGUCGAGCAAUUGUGAAAGGUGGCCAACAGAUGGUGUAUGCAUCGAGUAUUGAGAUGCAACAGAUUCAGCAGUAUCAGCAACAGACUCAGCAACAGAGGCCAAGGCUUCAAAUUCCGCUAUCGCAUCAACAACAACAGAAUCAACCUCCACCGCCCCAGGUGGCGCCACCACAAAUUAAUCCAGCCGCUGGAGCUGCAUUUGCCAAUUUUGCCCAGCAACAUUUUAUGCAGCAGCGCCAUCAGCGACCGCAGCGCCAUCAACUGGAAGCAGCUCAUUUUGCACAACAACUUCGUGCCGCCCAACGACCACCAUCCAGUGGAGUCGAUGGGAGGCCAAUGCUGAACUUCACGCGAGAUGGAAAUAUGUCACCGACGAGCAAUCAACUGGCCAGAUGGUUCUCACCGGAACUCCUGGCGCAGGCAUCGGCCGGCAAACUGCCAUCUCUCGGUGUUGGGCAGGCACUGAGUCUGGAGGAGUUCGAACGGAGUAUGCAACAUUCCUCAACAACAGUCCACAACUGAAUUAUUCCCAUUCGUUAUCUUUCUCUCUCUUUUCUCAUUCUUUUCUCUUCCUUCCCCCUCCCCCUUCUCAAUCCUCCCAAUUCCACAAAAAAAAAGAAAUUGAAUUGAAUUCCUCCUUUCUCCUUUCCCUCUCCCCUCCCCUUCCCCACCCCAAAAAUAAUAUAAAGAAGGUAUGGAUCUAAGGGUAGUGUAUGAUGAAGAAAAAAAAAAUGAAUUUAUUUGUUGUUAAUUAUUAUUAAUUUUCUUUUUUCGAAGAAAAAAAAAUGUGAAUUCGCGAGUAAUUGAAUUGAAAUGAUGAAAAAAAAAGAAGAAAAAAAGUGAAUUGAAUGAGUUAAAAUGAAAAAAUGUCAUAGAUAAAAUAUUAUUUUCUUGUGAAUUAUAUGAAUAAAUUAUUUCUCAGCUGCAAA